AUGGCCAGGCUGCCAAGCUAUAGAAGGGUGUACAAGACCAUUGGUGACCAGGAGAUCGAUGUCGAUGUCUACGUGCCGAGCAACGCCAAUAGACGUCCUGUUAUCAUUAACAUCCAUGGCGGCGCUUUCAUGCUGGGCUCGGCUAGGAUGAUCAACCAAGAUCAAGUUUACGACUGUCUUGACCGUGGCUGGAUUGUGCUUGCUCCAAAUCAUCGCCUUUGUCCCCAGGUCGACCUUCUCGAAGGGCCAAUACAGGACUGUAGAGACCUCCUCGCAUGGCUUCAUGCUGGUGCGCUGGACGAUAUGGCUGAUCUGGAACGCGUCUUCGCAUUCGGCACGUCUUCCGGCGGCACGCUGGCUAUGUGCCUGGGCUUCGGCGUUCCGCAUCCGGUCGCAGGCAUCUACAGCAUGUAUGGUGCUUGCAACUUCUCACAUCCAAUCUGGAAGAAGCCAAUCCCAAACAUGAGACUGCCAACAUUCUCGGACGAUUUCUUACAGAAGAUCUAUUCGGCGAGUCCUGUCCCCAUUGAGGGAGGCGUGUCUCUGGAAGGUCAGGCCACAGGUCCUCCCGACUUCACUGACCCCCGCCAAGCAUUUGCCUUGACGCAGAUUGCCAAUGGCAAGGUCCCAGAGACCAUCUAUCCGUCUCAGAAAUGGGUCGAUGUGGAUCCGGCAGAGAACAUUAGUCCGGGAUUCCCGCCUACAUUUAUUGUGCACGGAACAGCAGACACGAAAGUGCCGAUCCACCUAAGCCGAAUGCUGUACUCGACCUUAAAAAAGCAUAGGGUCCUUUCCGGCAUGCUGGAGGCUCCUGGAGAGGAACACACCUUUGCCGCGCAAAUGAAAGUCGGAUCGAGCACCUGGCAUAUCCAGCGGCAGGGUUUUGACUUUCUCGAGUCUUUGAUGAAACCACGUGGCCAAGCAUAA